CGUGUGUAGAACUUACGAUCGGAAAAUAUUCUGUUUGUGACAAGUACGGUUGAAUUAUAAGAAGAAGAAGAAGCAGAGGACUUCUACUUGAAUACCUCGGUCGGACGUUACUCAUUCGACGCGUCGCACGACAAUUUCAAACCGACCGCGUUACGCGCUGGUGCUUAGUCGCGGAUUAGGCGUUCAAUUUUAAUUGAAUUUUAAUUUGCGAUCUUUUACGAGUUUUUCGCGUUAAUUGUGUACAAUGAUGAAGUGGCUAUCCGAAUGCUGCUUUUGUGGAAUUAUGUAAAUUUGCCAAAAUAAAUAUAUUUUCGUCUCGAUUAUUGUGCUUGAGCUUAAAAAAAGUGCUGGAAAUUUAAAUUUGAAACAGCCAGCAUCACGCACCUACUACAGAAAAUGAAAUUUUACACCAUCUAAGCACCAUCCACCCAACUAAACAAGAUGUUGUCCCACGCACUUUGGCGACCUCAACCGGCAACGGUUGCCAUUGCUGCGAGCACUUUUGUCACCGCUUCAACAAACGACGAAAUGUUGCUGGUCGAUAACGAUAUCAUCGUAAGUCAAGCGUACUACUCCAAUUCGCCGCUCUUUGCCUUUGAUUCAUCCUCGUUGGGCGACCUCCAGCAGCUGCUGCAGAGCGAGGCAUUCAAGCAGAAUAUGUCACUGACACUGAAUAUCUCAACAGAGAACCUGACGGAUCUGCUAAAUACUGCACAACUCAAUCAGACCUGGGAGUUGCCGCAACAGCAGCUCCCCAUGUCCGCGUUGAUUACGCUCACCGUGUUCUAUGCCAUCAUUUUCGUUGCUGGUGUGCUGGGUAAUCUCAUCACAUGCAUUGUUAUAUCGCGGAAUAAAUUUAUGCACACCGCAACCAAUUUCUAUCUCUUCAACCUGGCGGUGUCGGAUUUGAUGUUGCUACUGUCAGGAGCACCUCAAGACGUUUACAGUUAUUGGUACCCGAAUGCCUUCCCAUUUGGCGACGCAAUUUGCAUACUUGGUAGUGUUUUAGCGGAGACAGCCACCAAUGCGACCGUGCUAACAAUAACGGCAUUUACCGUUGAGCGCUACAUAGCGAUAUGUCAUCCCUUUCGACAGCACACCAUGUCGAAGCUCUCGCGCGCCAUCAAGUUCAUCUUCGCCAUUUGGGUGGCGGCGCUGCUGCUUGCACUGCCGCAGGCGAUGCAAUUCUCCGUCGUCUCUGAGCAAGGCGGCACCUCGUGCACGAUUGGCAAUCACUUUGUCGAGCAUGUUUUCGCCGUGUCGGGUUUUAUCUUCUUUGGCGGUCCCAUGACGGCGAUUUGUGUUCUCUACGUACUGAUUGGCAUAAAACUGAAGCGAAGUCGCUUGCUACAGGCAGUGCCGAGACGUAGUCUGGAUGUGCAUCGUGGGAUCAGCGCACAAAGUCGUGUGAUCAGAAUGUUGGUUGCCGUCGCCGUGGCCUUCUUCCUUUGCUGGGCGCCCUUCCACGCACAACGCCUGAUGGCUGUGUAUGGCAGCAGCGCGAACAUUGAAUCGCAACUGUUCAAAGAUGUUUUCGAAGCUGUCGACCUCACAUCCGGUGUGCUGUAUUACCUAUCGACCUGCAUCAAUCCGUUGCUGUACAACAUCAUGAGUCACAAAUUUCGUGAUGCUUUCAAGGUAACUUUAGCACGUCAAUUUGGAUUUCCCGGCCGCUCUCAGAGUCAAAGCCACAACUACAGCGCCCUGCUGCGACAGAAUGGUUCCAUGCGUCUACAUACAACGGUGAAUAACAAUGCUCUCGAUCACUACCACUCUUACCGAGUUAUGCAAUUACAUUGUCGUGACCAAAGACAUCAUCUCUCUCUGCAGGACAGCAUCCGAACAACAACAACGACGACAACAAUCAACAGCAGCGGCGGAAUGGGUGGCAACAGCGUUAGUCGUCAUUCAUCGCAUCGUUCACGUUAUACCUCCCUUGGCUCGCAGUCCCCGCUAACAACAACACUCACCAAACGCGAUGAAAUCGUCGCAAAUCAAAUAAAUGGCAUUACUGCAGCAACCGCAGCCAAGCAACAACAACAACAACAACAGCAGAAGCAACACCAUCACAUGCUACAAACUCAACUAUCGCAACGCUCCAAUGGCACCGAUAGCAAUAUUCUGCUCGACAUGGAGUUGGGCACAGCGCAUAACUUUUGUCACGGCCAUCCGCAGUCUUCAGCCAUAAAUUGCAAUCGGAGUGACAAUUUGCGACGCUCCGUCAUUAGCAAUAGUAUGGUGCAUGCAGCGCGUAAUGCGCGACCACUCGGCGAUGAUCGCAUGUCGAUUAACUCGCAAGAGUGGGAUAGUGGCGCCAGUCAAUAUGAGCUGGGCGACACACUGUGUUUGGGUGAACUUGAAUCUGAGCUGGCUAGGCCCGAUACACCGAAUAGUCUGACAAUGGCGCGUAUGGCUGGUGCUCAAUUAGCGCCCACCAUACAGCCGGUGAACUCCAUAGCGGAAUUGGACGUGCAUGGACCGGCACGUACACGACUCAAACUUUCACGAAUAAUCAGUCGACGUGACCAAGACACAUUGUUGGCCAAGUCGAUGCCGCGCGCCGAACUAAUGCGCAGCUCCGCUAAUAUGCCUAAUGUGCCUGGCUCACCGUUUACGACCUACGAAAAUGAUAAGAAAAAGCAGGCGCGUAACACAAAUGGCGGACGUCCACAUAAAACCUUUGACGCACUCACCGGCAUUUUUCAUUGGCCUGCUCGUAAAAAGCAGCUGAAUGGACGGCAUGUUGGCGGUGUUGGGGGUGUGCCGGCUGCAGUUGGCAGUAGUGGGUCGCGACAGAACAGCAUCUCCGCAACACAUACGCACACAAGCUCAACCGGUACGCCCACACCGCGUAUGGCACUCAUGCGUAGCAUAUCCUCCGCGUCGCCGACAAUGCUGGAGUCAACGCUCAAUGUCGAAAUGAUUGGCCAGAAGUUGUGAACGGCAUAGCCAGCAUGCACCCGCGCCCACGCACGCUCGUAGCGGCAUUACGCUGCAGCGCUUUGUUCUACACGCGAAAGUUCAGUGAACAUGGCACUUGUCCGGUCAACGAGACCAGAUGGCGACAUGCAGUCACCCAAGUCCACAUGUACAUGUAUAUAUAGUUGUCUCUUUACUCUCUUCUCACAUAUCCACAUGCAACGCUUCAACCUCAAACCCACACCAAGUGACACGUACAAGGUUCACAACAAUAUAUGCGAACUGCCCCAUCUACAUUUCGUCGUCAUCUGCACAGUCACGUAAAGGAAAAGUGCGAGUUGCCUAAAUCAUCUAAGCAAUCUGUCGCAUCAGCGUGUUAGGCCACUUAUCUCCGCAAUUUGUUGUCACAUCUAACCGACCCAUUAACGACACGAAACACAUAUAUGUAUCGCCAGCCAUGUAUGUAUGUAGAUAUGUAUAGUAUACGUCUUGCCAUUGUAGAUUUGUAGUGUCUUGUCGCGUCGCUUCCAUGCGUCGCAUUUGCUUAAAUACAGCAGUAAAAUAAAUUGUAAGAAAUCCCUAGUCAGACAGUCGUAUCGCUACAAAUGCCAUAACAUUAACUAAAAGCACACCCAAACCCCGCUCGAAGUGCGACAUAUGUAAAUGACAAUCCUAAGCAACAGUGAAGAGCGAAAGUGAAAAACAUUUAACAUUCUCACAAGAUAAAUUGCGAUAUCAUACGAAGGCAUAAUAUAACAUAGCAGAAAAUAACAUAGCAGAACAUAACAUGGCACAAUGGCAUAAAUAAUGUUUUUGUUGUUCUGUAGAGCGUAAAAAAUGGACUGAAAUUUGUAUUAAAUUUAUAUUUUUCUACGAUUUUCAUUAUCUCAGUGUUUUGAGAAUGCUUCGCCGGAAAUAUAGAGACACAAGAGUUGCCUCAAACUGUUCAGCAAUCUUUAUUGCUAUAUAGCACUAAUAUGUCUAGCUUAGUUUAACCUUUAUCAAACUGCUUAAGAUAUCUCUAAAAUGAGUUAACAGAGAUUUUCUGGAACCAUUAUAGUUUUGAUUAUAAAUCUCUUAUCAAAUUUGGGUGAAAAUAAAGAUAUCUCGAAUUGUGAAUCAAAAUAUGGAAAAAUCGGUAUUACCAAUGUAUUUUCAUUCUAAAAAUUUCGUCUUUGAUACACAAUUAUAUUAGAACUAUACUAUUUUCGAGUUUUCAACAGUAUACGGACCAACUAUUUUUAGUAAGAAAAACCAAACAACAAACGGUAUUGCUUUAAAAUAUCAUUGAUAUCAUAUCACUAUCGAAUAUUUUGGCAAUGUUUUAAGAAACUUGUUUUAUGAAAUUUUAUUAAAAUAAAUUUAUUCAAUGUAUGUAUAUCGAUAAAAAUUUCGAUAAUUUUAAAAAAUAUCGAUUGGAAAAAUGUAAGCUGUUUUCGACGUUUAUCAAUAAAUUCUUCCGAUAACGUUGAAAAUUAUCGAUUGAUUAAAUGUAAUAUCGAUAAAUAUGCCGAUAACGUUAAAAAAUAUCGAUUGAUGAAAUAUAUCGGGCAUUAACUAACUCGACGAGCGUCCGAACAUCUAAUAUGACGGAUCUCGUGGACUCUACUAUACUAUUAUAGUAUAAUGCCAAUAUUUUCAUUUUUUCCCACUUUUACGGCCGAUCACUUACAAUAUCACUAAAUUGUACAGGGUGGUCCAUUUUGAAGUUCCCUACUUGUUUAACGAAAAAACCAUUCGAAAGAACUUUAUUUGGCAUUCAUUUUUUGAAGAUUAUCUUUUUCAAAUGUUGGCGACUACGUCUCAGGUCCAUCCGUUGAGUCCAAUUUUCGAAUACUCGAAAAGUAAGUGGUGAAAUGACACGCUUUAAGAUUUGCUCCACGACCUGAAUAGAAGUGGGUUUAUCCGCACAGACUUUAGACUUUACUUAUUCCUACAGGAAAUAGUCUAACGGUGUAAUAUCACACGAUCUUGGCAACCAAUCGACCGGCCCUAAACGUGAAGUUAUCUGCUCACCAAAGUGUUCUCUCAAUGAAGCCAUUGAUUGAUGCGAUGUGUGGCGCCGCCUUGUUGAAAUCAAGUUCAAGCAUCAAAUAGUCGACCAUCAUGGCGCGAUAACAGUCGCCAUUAACGGUUACGUUCUCACCGGCAUCAUUUUUGAAGAAAUAUAGACCGAUGAUUACACCGUCCGACAAAUGACAUCAAACCGUUGUUUAUUUUCUGAAUAAAAUGACAGCUCUUGAAACUCUUCAGGUUUCUCUUCGUCUGCGCCAAGUCGUUCCAAACGUCAGUGCGAGUUGUUUCAAAACGCCGAAUCGACUCUCCACGGUCUAGGUGUUUACUUUCAGCAACGGCUGCUAUAUUUUCCUCACUGCGUGCUGCACGCUGUCUAUUCGAUCGAAUAUUAUUCAAUAAUGAUACUGCUGGGUCUCAAGAUAGCUGAUGGUGUUGCGAAUAGUACGUUCAGUAGGCCGAUUAUAUGUAUUGACCAUAAGUUGAGCAAACCGAGCGAAACACAUUCUUUACAGAACGUAAGAUUCUGUAGUAAAGAUGAACGAUUUGUAUACGUUGUUCAGGCGUAAGUCUUUCCAAGGUGAAAUGUUGGAUCACCCGUUACUUAUAAAACUUUAAUUAAAGUCAUUUAAGAAUAUUUGCUUUGGUAUGAUUUUUGAAAAACUUUUCCGAACGUAAGCUUAAGACACUUCGCCAACCAAAAUCCACAACAAAGCCAUUAAAUGAACAUUUUCAACUCAACACUUCGAGGCGCUAAAAGCUUUCGUACUCAAAAUCACUGUUGCUGAGGAUUGCAACUAACAACUAACACAGUUGCGCUCAAACUGUCAGCUUCAAUUGCUUGCGGACUACCAAAUUACGGGCGCGUACGAAAAUAACACAAAAACAAAUACAUUUAUACAAAUACGUGCACUAUAAACGCCAUAAAAGAGACCACUUAGUUUAUAAGAUUUAGAAUAGUUCUUCCAUUUCACAGCCUUUUUCCCCCACACACCUCGCUCCUACGAAUUGCGACUAAGCUUUUAAGUGUUAAAACGAAAAAAAAACUCAAAAUAAAGAAUUUUAAAUUCUAAGCUUUGGCGGCUUUGCUAUUUGUUCGCCUGUCUCAACUUAGUGCAUAAACACUUAUUAGCGUUGUAUUAUACGAGUUGUUGUUGUUAAACUAUCUGCCGGCUUUGUAAUUGUAGCACUGCAUUACGCUUAAAUGAGACUUUUGCCGAGCGUAAUGCAAUUAGGAAAUAUUGUAGUUGUUUUCAUGCUGUUGAAUUUACUCGGAAUUGCAAGGCAGCAAGAAGAAGAAAGUUUAAUUAUGCCCGUGAUUAUGAAAUUGCGGAAAAUGGCUGUGCCCCACGAUUUACACACACAUACACACUCAAGUGCAUAGCGAAAUAGUUCGUUUGUGCCCAGCACAUAAGUAUGUAUGCCUACUGUUUAUGAAAUAUUACUUGUUAGUCUACAAAAAUAAAUUUAUAAAAAUGAAAUUAUAGUUUAGUUAAGCUGUGCUUGUUGUACUUGCUUUUAGCAGACUAAGAAAUUAUGUGUACUUAUUAUAUAUAUGGUAUAUUUUAUUAACUUAUAUUUAUGUAAGUUUUAACUGUAAUUAUGUAUUUUAGCAAUAAGAGUCAAAAAGAAGUCGAAUA